AGUUCCGAAGAGUUGCACCUCUCUGUUGCCCACAUCAAGCAGAUAAUUGGGAUUUUGAGAGACUUCAUCCAUUCCCCUGAGCACAGAGUUAUGGCAUCAACUAUAUCUAAGCUAAAAGUUGAUCUAGACUUCGACAGCACUUCUAUAAAUCAGAUUCAUUUGGUGCUAUUUGGAUUUCAGGAUGCUGUGAGUAAAAUCUUGCGGCAUCAUUUAAUCAGGCCCCACUGGAUGUUUGCAAUGGAUAACAUCAUACGUCGAGCAGUGCAGGCUGCUGUUACUAUUCUUAUUCCAGAGCUUCGAGCCCACUUUGAGCCAGCCUCUGAAAUGGAGGGAGUAGAUAAGGAUGGGGAUGAAGUAGAAGAGGAUUACCAGCCAGGAGAUCCCAGUGGAAAUGAAGAGCCCAUUGCCUCUUCUGGAGUGAGCAGGGCAGGCUCUGUACUAACCCUGGAAUCUCAACAGCAUCACAGACUGAACCUUCAGUUGAACAAGCUCAGACAAGAAACUAACAG